UCAGUCAAUAGUCACUAGUCUCACUACCGCGCAAAAUGAAGGCGUUUCGAAUCGCACCCCAACUUUUGCCAAAGACCUUAAACCCUAACUAUUUUCCAAUAUUCCCAAUUUCUUUCCCAAAACCCCUUCAUAUUCCAGCCUUUCUCUCUCCUCUAAGCUCAAAAAUCUCAACGUUUCGCUCUAGUUUUUCAAGCUCUUCUUCUUCACCUUCAAUGGCAGAAACUGGAAAUUUUACCCCUUUUGAUGGUACCUUAGGCACCCAGUUCGAAAGCUUCCGAACCCAACUCGACGAGUCUAGCAAUUUGCGCGAAAGAAUUCGAAAUGUUGCACUGGAAAUUGAGUCUGUCACUAGAAUCAUGCAUGCAAAUCUUCUUCUUGUUCAUCAAUCUCGCCCUGUUACUGAGGUGUUAGAGAAAUCAAAGUCACAAAUUGGUCCACUUAAGGAGCACUUUAACCGGCUCGCGGAGAUCAUUCGAGACUGUCCUGGUCAGUAUUAUAGGUAUCAUAAUGAUUGGAAGAAUGAAACUCAGACAGUAGUUUCAUUGCUUGCUUUUAUGCACUGGUUGGAGACUGGAAAUCUUCUUUUGCAUCCUGAAGCACAAGAGAAGCUUGAAUUGAAUUCUCCUGAUUUUGGUCUGGAUGUUGAAGAUUAUUUAGUAGGAAUCUGUUUCAUGUCCAACGAACUGCCUAGGUAUGUGAUCAAUAGAGUGACUUACGGUGACUAUGAUUCUCCAAGGAAGGUGUUGAACUUCUUGACUGAUCUUCAUGCUGCCUUUCGGAUGCUAAACCUUCGUAAUGACUUCUUACGCAAAAAGUUUGAUGGUAUGAAGUAUGACUUGAAAAGAGUUGAAGAGGUCUUUUAUGAUGUUAAGAUUCGAGGCUUGAUAGAUAAUGAGGACUCAAAAGGAGAUCAAGGAAGCAAGGAACAACCUUGAGUUGAGGAUUUCUGGGGUUGGCUUUUGGUCACUAUCCUUGCCUAUGCAUGUUGUAGGUGUUCAAUGCUGCUUGCCGCAGGACGGUGAAAAUAUAGAAAUGAAUAUGUUGAUGUGCUUAAUGGUAGAGAUGUAGUGAUGUAUGCUAAUCUAGUAAUUAAUGAAGUAUGGAAAGAUCUGAGAUGCUAUCAGUUAGCAUGCAACGGAUAACAUUUUCAGUGGCAUGUGCACUGUGCACAUGUACCUUAUAAAAGAGGAAUAGGGAGCCUCCAGGACUUUGCACUAAUUUUGUAAUUUGCGAGUCAUUAGACAUGUUUUAGCCUUCAGUUCACCCAUUUCCCUCUUUGCUGGCUUCUGAUUUACGCCUAGAGUAGCACCUCGGGAAGUCAGGAAUGGUACGUAAAGACACCUACAGGGCAGUUUCAGGAAUGGUACGUAAAGACACUUGCUCAAUCGUAAAUGACUACUGCUUAUUAAGGAGGCAAUUGUGAUUAGAACAAAACGAUUAAGGAGGCAGUAAUUGUCGAUGAUAAUUGAAAGUUGAUAGAGCAUGCCCAAAUGCCAUGACUUGCAACUGGUACGCUUAGAGUCUGUUCUCAUAGACUGAAUUCAGCUCAGCUGAAGUGGACUAAAAUGAAUAUUUUAUAAGAGAGGGAAAUUAGGAGCUGAAUUGAACUGAACUGAAAAUAAACGUAUGAGAAUAGACUCUUAGUCUUUGUGCGUGUGUAAUUGAAAUGCAAGAAAAAGAGAGGCAACCUACUCGAAUGGAUUUUUAUA